AAGAAGACAAUUUUUUCCUCUGGAUCUCCAAAAGUAAGAACAUUUACAAGAAACGAGAGAUUUAGGUGGGGAAGGGAAGAAGGAGGGAGAGGCAAUGGCAGCUAGGUAUUGGUGUCAUAUGUGUUCACAAAUGGUGAAUCCAAUCAUUGAUGCCGAGAUCAAAUGCCCCUUUUGCCAGAGCGGGUUUGUCGAGGAAAUGAGCCGUGAGAUUAAUGGCGGCAGCAGCAGUAGUCUAAGGGAGGUUCAAGAUCCAGAGAUCGAUUUUGGUACAGACCGUGCAUUGUCUCUAUGGGGUCCAAUCUUGCUUGGAAUGAUGAGCAAUCCUCGUAGACGUAGAAGGUUUAGGAGGACAGAGUUUGGUAUGGAUAAUGAUGAAGUCAAUGUUGCUACUGAUGUUGAUGGAAAUGACAGCAAUGUCGAUAAUGAUCGACAUCAUCAUCGUCGUCAUCGCCACAGGCAACAAGGUAGAGAGAUUGAUUUAGACAGAGAGUUUGAGUCUAUCCUUAGGAGGAGACGGAGAAGCUCAGCUUCCAUAUUGCAGUUGCUUCAGGGGAUUCGUGCAGGGAUUGCUUCCGAGUAUGAGAGUUCGGACCGAGACCAGUUUAAUCAAUCAGCUUUUGUUCAGGGAUCGACUAGUUUGAAUCAAAACCGGAACAAUACUUCCCUUUCUGCAAUUGGAGAUUACUUUGUUGGACCCAGUUUAGACCACUUGCUUGAACAUCUAGCUGAUAACGAUUCAACCAGGCACGGGAGUCUUCCAGCACGCAAAGAAGCCGUGGAAAAUCUCCCAACGGUUAAGAUAAGUGAAUCAUUGCAGUGCUCGAUUUGUUUGGAUGAUUUUGACAAAGGAAGUGAAGCAAAAGAGAUGCCAUGUAAGCACAAGUUUCACAUCCGGUGUAUAGUACCAUGGCUUGAGCUUCACAGUUCAUGUCCCGUGUGCCGAUAUGAACUUCCUCCUGAUGAUGAGACCAAAGUUGAUCCGGUAAGACCGAGAACAAGAACUCUAGAGAUCAACAUAAGUAAUGAGAAUGUGGAAGAUGAGGCAAGGGACAGUAAUGUGAGUGAGAGAAGGUUCUCUUUUCCAUGGCCGUUCAGCGGGUUAUUCUCUUCAUCCUCUUCGUCAUCAGCAUCGGCCUCGGGGUCAUCUCAUCUCGGUGAGAACUCAUAAUUAUGAUAAAAGAAAAGAUCAGUAACAAAACACAAUCUCUGCGUUUCUUGUAAACCACUAUUCCUCAGCUUAUAGUACAUAAAAUCUUGUUCACUCAGAUUGUUGAAUAUACAAAUAAACACUUU